GAGUACAGAAGAAUUGGAAAUAGUAAUUCUGAUGAAAGAUUACAAAGAAUGGCUGUAGGGCCAGGUGAACUUGGUCAAGCAGUUCUUGUAGAUUUGAGUUUAUUCUCAAACCAAGAAAGAAAGCAAUAUGAAGAAUCCCAAAACAAGCAUGGAUAUAAUGUCUUCGUAAGCGAUCUGAUCUCUUUUCACAGAAGUUUACCACGUGAUACGGUUUACAAAAGGUGCACAAAGUCAUAUGACAAUUUUGAACUUCCGCCUGUUAGCGUUAUUAUACCUUUUCGAGAUGAAAGUUGGAGCGUUCUACUAAGAACUGUACACAGUAUACUAGAUAGAACGCCAUCAUACCUACUGAGAGAAAUCAUUCUUGUAGACGAUGGUUCAAAAAAGGGGGAAUUGAAAACCAAACUUGAUAUUUACUUAUCACAUCUUUACAAUGUACGUGUUAUAAGAAAUGAGGAAUCCAAGGGUCUUAUGGUUGCCAGGCAACGGGGAAUUGAUCAAACGAUUGAGGAUGUUAUUGUUGUCAUGGAUUCACACCAGGAAGUAGCAGAAGUUUGGCUAGAACCAUUGCUGCAACAGCUAAAGGAAACACCCCGUGCUCUUGUAGUUCCAGUAGUAGAUGGAAUUGACAUGAACACCUUUCAGUAUAAAAAGACUGAACUAGAUCUGAAGAAAAAACCUAUCGCGUUUUCAUUUGAUUGGCGUUUAAUGCAAACAAUUAUGCCAUUUAAGAGAGAAUACCUCUUAAGUAGAGAAAAUUUUGAAGUUUCUCCUAUCAGACUUCCCAGUGUGCAAGGUAACGUCUUUGUUGCAAACAAGACAAUUUUCCAAGAACUUGGUGGUAUGGAUACAGGAAUGCAUGUAUGGGGCGGUGAACAAAUAGAGCUGGCUAUAAAGUAUAUAACAUGUGGAGAUGGAAUAUUUAUGAUUCCCUGUUCGCAUAUUGGUCAUCUAUAUCGACCUGUCCCUUGGCGUGCGGGUAAUACUAGGAUAUCUAAUGAAUACAGAGUUGCCGAAGUAUGGCUCGACGAUUACAAACAGUUUGUUUUCGAACAGUAUGGUAAUUACACGUAUAAAGCAGGUGAUGUGGCUGAAAGAAAAAUGAUCAGGAAAAGGAACAAAUGUAAACCUUUUACACAUUAUCUAGAGGUCGCCAAGGAACUGAUACAUUUUUAUGUUCCAGAAAACUUACAUGCUAGGGGAACGAUCAAACCAGUUUUACAGAACAUAUCUACCGUCUGUUUGGAUGCUUCUACCAUGUCUUCAGUUUCUUUACUUGAAUGUCACUAUCAAAGUGGGAAUCAGUAUUGGGAAUUGUCUGCUAAUUUUGAAAUCCGUCACUCGGUAUUCUGUCUUGCUGUUGAUAGUGUCAGUCAUCUAAUAAUAGAAGAAUGUGACUUUGAACAUCACAGAAAGUGGGAUUACAGAUCGGAUAAUACAAUUCGACACAGGAUUAGUAAGCUUUGUUUAACAAUAAUUAAUAAAACAGAAGUAAAUUUGCAGCAGUGCGUAGGAUCUGUAAAUCAACAGUGGAUAUGGAAAAGAUUAAGAUAAUAUUGAAUAAAUAAUAUUAUUUUGAAAAGAGUGAAACUGUGUUUUGACUCAACAAAGAUUUUUACAGCCACAAUUCCAUACACAAUGUCAUUAGAAUUGCGUGACACGUGCCACUGAAUAUAACGUUGGAAUCAAGUGAAAUGUGAAUUACAGACGAUGAUGUUCGAUGAUAUUCCCGCCAAAUCAUAUUUAUUGGAUUCAAGUCACGACUAUUACCAUUGUGUUAUAGGAUUGUAGGUGAAUUGCUGCCGAUAGUUGACUUGACUUCGUUAUAUUAUCUAUGACAUUCCGUAAUGUUGCUAUUUGUUUCACUAUUUUUUCUGGUUCACUUUCUUGUGAUACUUAUGACUAUCCCACUUAUAAGAUUGAUGUAGAAUGUGGUAUGAAUAUGAUUUUGCUUUAAAAUUUCAAAUAUUAGAAAAACGUAGGCAAAAACUUUUUCGGGAUUAGAGAGUAUAGUUCAAUCUUUCAACAAAAUGUCUGAUGAGGAAAAAUUUACAUUUAUGUUUACAUUUAAUGAGUAUGACAUAACUAAAAUUAUUGUUAAGGGGGUUAAUGAUUUAUGUGUACUAAGAAAUCGCCUUGCUGACAAGAAACUAAUUAUGCAAUACAAAUUUGUGAUUAUUUUCUAUUUUUCAUAUAUAUUUGUUAUGUUAUAUUUUAUAACAAUAGCAUUAAGAAUAUUGUACUUUUACUUUCAAAUUUGCAAAAGUAUCACCUCCUCCAAAAUAUAUAAAUAUACGAGGUACUAAUAUAAAUGAAUGGUGCUUAAAUUUAUAUUGUAUGUUUGUGAAUAUUGUCAUGUUUGUCUUGGUAACAACCCAAUAUUUGGAUUUUACAUCAAUAAAAUGAUUUGAUUUGAUUUAUGAACAGUGAAACUGCAAAUUUUGAAUGAUUUGAUAAAAUGUUGCAUCUGAGGACGGGUUUAACAAAUAUGUCUUAAUUUGAAGAGGAAAGAUAAUAUGUAUAACUUUACUUCCUGUAGAAUUCAUAUUUGGUAUAGAAAGUCCUUUUUUAUCCAUCUUUUUAAUACUCAAAAUUUGCUAAAAUUUGCUAAAACAAUAGUAUGUAGCUAUCUUCAGAUUUUUAUAAUUUGGUUUUCAUCUUUUUAGAAAUAAAUCAUAAUAUUGUUAAAUGUACACACAUCAUCUUUAUAAUAUUGUAAAUAUUGAAAAAAACUUUUUGAAUAUUGCCCUUCUUGCUUGAAACAAAUCAAAGGGAAAUUAGCCCUACCUCUGUUGAUGGGAUAACCCAUUAUCAGAGAUUUCACGUUUUAACAUACUGUAAACCAACUUAUUUUCGCGGAUACUUUAUUUCGCGUUUAGCCCAUUCUAGUCCACUACGCGACAAUUUAAUUUCGCGAUUUUCAAACCUCGCAAUAAUUUCUGAAUUUACAGUACUUGAUGUAGUUAAAUAAGGAAAGACCCUAUUUUUACAUAUUCGCGGCGAUUGAUAUUCGCGUUAUUGUUUUACUCACGAAAGUCGCGAAAAUAAAUCGCUAGCGAAAAAUAGUUGGUUAACAUAUAUAUAAUUGCUUGGGGGUGGCGUUUUAAGAAUGUUACUGGGUUAAUCAUGGCUGGCAUCCUUUUUAGUUACUCUUUCCAUUAAUGAUUUAGAAAGAUGCUUUAUACAGAACGAUAUAAACAAGUAAAUAAAUAUUGUCUUGUUGAACUUUGCAUGGAUUUUAGAAUAUCUUGACUAUUUUAUGCUGGUGAUAAAAUUUUAUUGCAAGAAUCAGAUGACUAGUUACAAGGAUAAAACGAACGUUUUAGUUGUCGAAAGGGGAACUUUAAGAGAAAUUAAAGAUUUACUUGCUCUAAUGGAUGACGUGAUAGAGAUUACAGAAUGUUAUGAUUAUCUGUGAUUAUUAAUAAAAUAUAUAAUUUUAAUAUUUUAACACAAAAAUUAUCUGAAUAAUCACGAAAAGCGCUGUAUGCAUUAUACUACGAAUUACUAAUGUCAAUCUGCAAUUUUUACUUCUAGAUUGUAUUGUCUCUCCAGUUAUACUUUAUGCAUUGGAAAUACAUGAAGUCACGAGAAUCUUGACAUGUUAAAAUUACGUUUUCGUAUCCAAACAUACGUAUAUAUAUAUAUAUAUCAGUCCAUGCAAUUUAUUAGAUGCGAUAAACGACAAUAUGUAUACAAAUGAACGAUGCUUUCUAUGAAAUAUGCAAAUACAGCGUUAACAAUCUCGUUUUAUGUAAUUGCUUUGUGUUUUCAAAAGUUCUUCAUUAUUUUUCAUGCUCUU